CAGCCAUAAACAAAACAACCCAAAAUUAACUAGAGCAUCAUCCUAAACAAAGCAAAAAAAAAAAAAAAAUUGUAGAAAAUGGGAAAAGUUGUAGUAUAUGGAGCAUCUAACAGUCCAUACAGUAAGAGAAUAGAAAUAGCCUUAAACAUGAAAGGAGUUGAGUAUGAAUUUAUAGAGGAAGAUGUUAGAAACAAGGGUGAAGAAGUUGUAAAGUAUAAUCCUGUGUUCAAGAAGAUACCAGUUUUGGUUCAUGAUGGGAAUCCAAUUGCAGAGUCAUUGAUGAAACUUGGAAAAACAAUCCUCUCUUGCCUAUUCAUGCUUGUCAAAGAGUUUAUGCUACGUUUUGGGCUAACUUUAUUGAUGACAAGGUAAGCUCAUACAUCAUAAUUUAUGUACUCACCUUAAUAUUUCUUUUUGAUAUAAUAUAUGAUCAUGUUAG